AACCAAAAGUCAGUUACGCCCUUGCAAUCGAUCCUAGUUCCUGAAGUUUUAAACUAUCCUCAACUUAAAACCUUUGUCACUGCUCGAAAAUGUCACUGUUUCAAUCCACACUCAGUUGAAUCACCUCAAAUUCUUCCCUUUCACCUACUUUACAAGGGUUUUUCAAUUUCUUCAUUUCCAUAAACCCUACAUUGUUUGAUCACAAUGCAAGAUUGAUGCUUUAAAAUUCAACCGCCUUUAAUUCAAUUUCAUUCUCUGUUUUCCCCUUUUAAAAUCUCAACUGCCCAGAUCAACAAAUCUGAUCACAAUGGCGGCCAAAACGGAAGCCAUGGCUAAACCUCAAGAUCCCAAAUCAUCAGAUCCAUUGAUCAGCAACUCAGGUUUCAAUAUCUCUCUCAAAUCUUUUAAGCUGAAAACUAAACAACAAGAAAUCCUGAUUAGGGUUACAAUCCUUUUCCUUGUUUAUGUACUUGCUUUUAGUACUCGUCUCUUUAGUGUUCUUCGUUAUGAAAGUAUGAUCCAUGAAUUUGAUCCGUAUUUUAAUUAUCGUACUACUCUCUAUUUAACUGAAAAAGGGUUUUAUGAAUUUUGGAAUUGGUUUGAUUCUGAGAGUUGGUACCCUUUGGGAAGAAUCAUUGGGGGUACCCUUUACCCUGGUCUUAUGGUAACUGCUGCCUUGAUUUACUGGGGUCUUCGAUUUCUCCGUUUCGCGGUCCAUAUUCGUGAGGUUUGUGUUCUUACUGCGCCAUUUUUCGCAUCGAAUACUACUAUAGUAGCUUAUUUCUUUGGGAAAGAGAUUUGGGAUACUGGGGCAGGGCUUGUAGCUGCGGCAUUGAUUGCUAUUUGUCCCGGUUAUAUUUCGAGGUCGGUUGCUGGGUCUUAUGACAAUGAAGGGGUUGCAAUCUUUGCCUUACUGCUUACUUUCUAUCUGUUUGUUAAGGCAGUUAAUACAGGUUCGCUUGCUUGGGCAUUGGCCUCUGCUUUUGGGUACUUUUAUAUGGUUUCAGCUUGGGGAGGUUAUGUAUUUAUCAUUAAUUUGAUACCUUUGUAUGUGCUGGUGCUUUUGAUCACGGGGCGAUACUCAAUGAGGCUCUACAUUGCAUAUAAUUGUAUGUAUGUGGUGGGUAUGUUGUUGGCAAUGCAAAUUCGGUUUGUUGGAUUUCAACAUGUGCAGUCUGGUGAGCAUAUGGCUGCCAUGGGCGUAUUUUUCUUGAUCCAGGUGUUUUACUUUUUGAAUUGGGUGAAGCACAUGCUUAGUGAUACAAAGCUGUUUGAGUCCUUUUUGAGGAUAACAGUUACCUCAGCAGUUGGUGUGGGUGUUGUUGCAUUGGGAGUCGGCAGUGCAUCUGGCUACAUAUCUCCCUGGACAGGACGAUUUUACUCUCUCUUGGAUCCAACUUAUGCAAAGGAUCACAUCCCAAUCAUUGCUUCUGUCUCUGAGCAUCAACCUACAGCUUGGUCAUCCUUUAUGUUUGAUUUCCAUAUUCUGCUUUUCCUUUUCCCGGCAGGUUUAUAUUUUUGCUUUAAGCGGUUGUCUGAUGCCACCAUAUUUAUCGUUAUGUAUGGCUUGACCAGUAUGUAUUUUGCUGGUGUUAUGGUUCGGUUGAUCCUUGUUGCCACUCCUGCCGUAUGUCUUAUAAGUGCUAUCGCAGUUUCUGCAACUAUAAAGAAUAUAACUUCACUGCUGAGGUCUAAGAGCAAGGUUAAUACUGGCUCCAUCAAGGGAAGUGCUAGUGUCAAGGCUUCUUCUAAGGCUUCUGUUGAUCAAUCGUUGCCUUUCCAAAAAAAUGUCGCUAUCGCGUUGCUUCUGGGUGCAUUUUACUUGCUCAGCAGAUAUGUUAUCCACUGUACAUGGGUCACAUCAGAGGCUUAUUCAUCUCCAUCUAUAGUUUUAGCUGCAAGAGGUGCUCAUGGAAACCGGGUUAUCUUUGAUGAUUACCGUGAGGCAUAUUACUGGCUUCGACAAAAUACACCUGCUGACGCAAAAGUAAUGUCAUGGUGGGAUUAUGGUUAUCAGAUCACUGCAAUGGGAAACAGAACAGUAAUUGUUGAUAAUAAUACUUGGAAUAACACCCACAUUGCUACAGUUGGACGGGCAAUGUCGUCUUAUGAAGAUGAAGCAUACGAAAUCAUGCAAUCACUUGAUGUGGAUUAUGUAUUAGUUGUAUUUGGUGGUGUAACUGGCUACUCUUCAGAUGAUAUUAACAAGUUCUUGUGGAUGGUGAGAAUUGGCGGUGGAGUUUUUCCUGUCAUUAAAGAGCCUGAUUAUCUUGUCAAUGGAGAGUAUCGUGUUGACAAAGGGGCUGCUCCUAAGAUGUUAAAUUGUCUCAUGUACAAAUUAUGUUACUACCGGUUUGGAGAGAUGCGCACAGAAUACGGCAAGCCUCCUGGUUAUGAUCGUGCUAGAGGUGUUGAAAUCGGGAACAAGGAUGUGAAGCUUGAAUACUUGGAAGAAGCAUUCACAACAUCAAACUGGAUAGUUCGGAUAUACAAAGUUAAACCACCUAAAAAUAGGUGGUGAGGUCUCAACUCCCUCCCCAAAACAAAAGGGACAAAGGGUGCCUUGCGGACAGGAAUAGAUGUGAUCUCGACAAAUUCAGAUUAUUCCUAAUUUGACGACAGUUAGAAAGAGCUUUGUUUUGCUUAGUCUAGUUUUAUAACCUUUUUUGUUUCUCCAUCUUCUAUUCAAUAUAUUAAGGAGUGUGUAGAGCCGUAGAGAAGAUUGCGGACUGGUUUUUGACCUUAUAUUGGUAAUAUUUUGGGACUUCAAGCUUCUACCUGAGAUUCACAUUGGGAUCAAAAUAUCAUUUACAUCAUAUAUUAGGAAAUUUUAUCAGAAAUGACCUUUUAUGACUUUUA